AGACAAUUUCUCCUAAAGCACAUAAAUGCUCCGCAUUUUAUAUUCACUGGUCAAAUCCCAAAACCCCGUCAAAAAAUUUCAAAACCCCUUCUAAAAGCUUCUUCAUUUGCUGUGCGAUGUCUAUUGCUCUCAAAUCAACAACUAGCUUCCUCAACCUCAAGAAACCGGAGACCCAUCUCCCUAUUCGCUUCCCCUCCUACAAAUCUUCUAUCGUUUCCACUAGAAGGUUGACGCCAAUGGCUACGCUGACAACAGCCCCUACUCUUGGUCUACGUGAUACGUUCUCCAAUCUGAAAAAACAAGGCAAAGUGGCAUUCAUUCCAUACAUCACAGCUGGUGACCCUGACCUUUCAACCACAGCAGAAGCCUUGAAGGUGCUGGAUUCAUGUGGUUCUGACAUAAUUGAAUUGGGUGUUCCUUAUUCUGAUCCACUAGCAGAUGGUCCUGUUAUUCAGGCAGCAGCUACCCGUUCCUUGGCAAGAGGGACCAAUUUUAAUGCAAUCACAUCAAUGUUGAAGGAGGUGGUUCCACAAUUAUCUUGCCCAAUUGCUUUAUUUACAUAUUACAACCCAAUAUUAAAGCGUGGAAUUGAGAAGUUUAUGUCCACCGUGCAAGACAUUGGUGUACAUGGACUUGUUGUCCCGGAUGUACCUCUAGAAGAAACUGAAGUUUUGAGGACGGAAGCUGUCAAGCAUAAUAUUGAACUGGUGCUUCUUACAACACCAACUACUCCUUCAGAAAGAAUGAAAGCCAUUGUUGAAGCAUCAGAGGGAUUUGUUUAUCUUGUGAGCUCAGUUGGAGUUACUGGUACCCGUGCAUCUGUAAGCAACCGAGUUCAAACCCUUCUGCAGGAUAUCAAAGAGGUAACAACUAAGCCUGUAGCAGUUGGGUUUGGCAUAUCAAAACCUGAGCAUGUGAAACAGAUAGCCGAAUGGGGUGCUGAUGGUGUCAUUGUUGGUAGUGCCAUGGUGAAGUUGUUGGGUGAAGCAAAAUCUCCCCAGGAAGGGUUGAAGGAAUUAGAAAAUUUAACCAAAUCUCUGAAGUCUGCACUUCCCUGAGUAGAUUUUAUGUGAUUGUGCGAAGUUUUAUGACUUAUUUUCAAAUGUGGCAUAAAUGUUCAUCGUAAGGAUGGAUGCUUUUCUCCUCCAUAAAUUUAAAGUGCAAAUGAAAAAAAAUUAUUUCAUUUGAGCAUCA